UUGACCUCAUUCACAGGAAGUUCAGUCGAGCGGAGUCGGACAGCCCUUCGCGAGAGAAAAAAAUAGAAAAAAAAUAGAGGGAAAAAAAUCGGUGAAUCCAAGGGGUUCGGGCGGAUUUGGACGAAGUUUCCGAACUGUCCCGGCCCGGAGGAGCCCUGGGGGUUGAAAGGGAAUCGCCAGCACCGAAAUAAUGGAAGAUUCCCAUUUCAACUCAUCAUACUUUUGGUCUCCCGUUCCAACAGUGCAAGGACAGAUUGAGAACGCCAUGUUUCUGAAUAAGAUGAAAGAGCAGCUGGGGCAGGACAAGGGCACUGCUUUUCCGCACUCGUCCGCGGCGCACUACCCCACGGCGGUGCUGACGGUGCCGGGCUCGGUCGCCAUGGACACGGGAUCCAUUGGGAGGGUGCCGAAGCAGGAGGGUGGAGGAGGAGGAGCGAGCGGGACAGCAGGGGCGCAAAUAUCUGGCGUGGGAGCACACCUGCACCCACCUCACACAUCCCAGAACAUCACGGUGGUGCCCGUCCCAUCUACUGGCAUCAUGACAGCAGCAGGGUUAGUGAUCACGACUCCUCAAGGGGCACUGGUCACUCCCCCUGCCUCCUCUCAGUCUUUUGUUUCUGGACCACCCACAACAACCAUGAUUGUGUCCGCUUUACACCCAGCAAACACAGAGGCUGUCCGGCCCCCUUCCCUCUAUCUCCACAGCCACUACAAGAAAGAGGAUGGUAGUAUUCCACCCGCCGUAGUCAUGCCACUUCCCUCAAAGCGGGGAAGAAAGAAGAAGUCCAUGAUGCCAAGGGCAGGUCCUGUUUCAGCCCAUGCACUCGCGACAGGAAGUGAUGCGCUAAUUCUUGCACACCUGGCCGCUGGGGGACAGCACAACACGAGUGACCCAUAUGACCUUUCCAAUGAUGAGGAUGAUCAUCCAGGCAAAGAUGGGAACAAGUCAUACAGGUGUCGGAUGUGUGCGGUGACGUUCUUCAACAAAUCAGACAUGCAGAUUCAUGCCAAGUCACACACGGAGGCGAAGCCGCACAAGUGUCCUCACUGCUCCAAGUCCUUUGCCAACUCCAGCUACCUGUCCCAGCACAUCCGCAUCCACAGCGGCGCCAAACCCUACACCUGCUCCUACUGCCAGAAAACCUUCAGGCAGCUCAGCCAUCUGCAGCAGCAUACACGAAACCACACAGAGGGCAAACCACACAAGUGUCCUCACUGCUCCAAAUCGUUUGCCAACUCCAGCUACCUGUCCCAGCACAUCCGCAUCCACAGCGGCGCCAAACCCUACACCUGCUCCUACUGCCAGAAAACCUUCAGGCAGCUCAGUCACUUACAGCAGCAUAACAGGAUUCAUACUGGCGAUCGGCCUUACAAGUGUUCCCAUCCCGGCUGUGAGAAAGCUUUUACCCAACUAUCCAACCUCCAGUCUCAUCGAAGACAGCACAACAAGGACAAGCCAUACAAAUGUCACAAUUGCAACCGCGGCUACACCGAUGCGACCAGCUUAGAGGUUCACCUGUCUACACAUACGGUGAAACACGCCAAACUCUUCUCCUGUGGCCUCUGCAACCGCUCCUACACAUCUGAGACGUACCUGAUGAAACACAUGCGAAAACACAACCCAGACCCUCUGACGGUAGCAGCCGCAGUAGCUGCCCAACAAGCCCAGCAGGGCCAGAAUCCGGCUCAGCCCUCGGGCACGGGAAGCGGCAGGGGUCGCGGGCGAGGCAGGGGGGCCGGAGCGGGAACGGCGGCGCAAGCACAGAACCAGCCCAAUCCCACCCUGCCAACCAGUUACUCUGUUACAGAGGGAAUACCCUGCCCUUUCGACCUGCAUCAGUACAAGACCGUGUCGGCUGGAGAGAUCCAGUACAAACCGGUCACCGUGGCCGACCUGACGGGCCACAAAGACCUCUGCCUCACCGUCUCCACCUCUGCCAUCCAGGUGGAGCACAUGAACUCGUAGAGGAACUUGAGGAGAAUGAGAGCGAGGAGGAGGGGAGAGGAGAAACGGACCAUGAAUUGGAUAGGACAUAAAACACUGCCUUGAGACAGAGGAUCAUUUCCAAAUACAGACUGGCAGGAGGGGAGGGCAGGCUUGCAAAUUGAGGAGAGAUGGAGGAGCAAAUCAACUCUUAUGAGUUGUCUUUCUUUAGACUUGCUCUGCAGUGUCACAAAAAAGGCCUUAAACUGUCAUGGUGGCUAUUUUCAGUUAGCAGCUAUUGAAAUAUACAAUACCCAGCCCUGAUUCUGUCCCUUUGGCCACUAUGGAUUGCAACAGUCGGGUUACAGAAGUAAACAUCCCAUUCAUUUUCUCUACAGGGGAAUUGAUUUUUGAUAAAUACAAACCAUUGAAGACAGACCAACUCUGAGCUACAAGGCUGUUAAAGGGACAGUUCACCCAAAAAUGAAACUUUUGUCAUCAUUUAUUCUCCCUCAAGUUGUACCAAAGAAGAUAUUUUGAAGAAUGUUAAUUUAAUGUCAUAAUUCUUUGUGAAAAACUACAUUACCCAUGAAAUCUCCACCAGUCUGUGCAAAUCACCAAACGCAUAAGCUGUUAAGUAUGCAGUUUAGUACUUUUGUCCCAUUUUUAAAUACUUUUUUGCUUCAAAUCAAAGUUUCUAAUGCUACAAUUCACCAUGUAGCUGGUUGGUUUGCUUCAUGGCUUGUAACUCUCUAACAAAUCCCCAUGGAAAAAAUAAAUGGGAAAAAUCCUUUCAGCCAAGACCAUUGAAAAAGUGGGAAAAAACCAUAUGGUACAUUUUAAAUUUGGCAGUCUGAACUAUGAACUUCCCUCAGAAUUUCUGACAAUGUCAUAAUUGACUACUUAACUUGCCCAUAAAUACAUCACCCUCAGUUUUGAGAAGAUAUUUUAACAUCCACAUAAUUUUAUUGAACUUCUUCUUCAUGUCAUCUUGAGCUAGUUUUGAUGUAGAGGUCAUAAUGAAUAAAAUUAAUAGGCGAGUUAUCAAUUUGCACAUGAUAUUUUUAAAUGGUUCCAUUUCAGACUUUUUUCAGGAGAAGGGAUAUUUGAGCAAAUUAUUUUACAUUAUUGAUAUUUUUUCGUCUACAUGGUACAUUUCUUUAUCACUACUAAGAAGAACAGAUGAAACGAAAACAAAGGAUAAUUUUGUUGCAGGGAUUGUGCAAGACUGACUAAAAAUGGACACUAGCGAGUAGCGAUGGGUGAUUAAGGUUACCGAUGCCAGCUAACAAAGACUAGCUUGUGAUUAUAUCAAGCCUUGAAAACCAGCAAGUUUACUUUCUUUUCUAAGUUAUAAAUGAUACAAAUGCUGGUAAACAAGAAAAUAUGGACAAAUACCACCAAAGUAUCUCAUAAAAAAUACAUUGUACAGAACUGCAACUAGUUUACAUCACAAAGCAUUUCACAGAAAGAUGCACAUAUCUGCAGCAUUUGAGCAGGUUUAAAGUAAUAGUUCACCUAGAUGAAGUUUAUAAGCUCUUAUGAAGUUUUAAUGCCUUUUAUGACACUGCUUUGCAGGCCUGCUGAUUGACGUUUCGAGUAAAUGUGCAACUGGUUUGUCACUAUCAGCCGAGACCUGUUGGAAAGAUGUUGCUAGGACUGCACUAAAGGGGAGAAGGAUAAACACAAGAUAAUGGUUUAUGGGAGAUGGCACUUAAAUGAACUUUUUUAUUCAUUGUUUCUGUUUUGUCAUUACAUUUUAGCCGUUUAUCAUCUGUAUUUUUCUGUUGUCCUUGUGUAUGUAUGUUUGUAUGUGUUUGAGUGAGCGAAGGGUUGCUUGAAAGAGCAUGUAAGAGAACAUUUAAAGGAGGAGAUGAAUGUGUGAAAACAUCUAUAAAAUUGUUUUUUUUUUUUU